AUGACGAUGAGACCCAUAGCCGAGUUUCGGCUGCGGAAGGAGCAGUCCCCCAUCCCUACCGCGACCCCAGCCCCAACGUUGCCCCAAGCUAUCGCACAACUGGAGGUUCUCGAGAACGAAGGAUCCAACUUGUGUCAGAAGUUGGACGCACUGAAGGCACUCUGCACGCUGAGCACCAGCAUGACCCAGCUCGCGGAAUCCUUUUCUCGUCGCGUGGUGCUUUGCAUUCGAAGCCUGGUGUCAUUCCCACGACUCGUCGUGCGGGUGCAAGCACUUCGUGCCCUGCGCUACAUGACCGUCGAUCCUCUCUUCGUGCGCCACGUCACCGCCAGCCGCACAGCUCUCCUUCUCGCGCGAUCGCUGGAACGAGAGAAGGAGGACUCGCCGGAGCGCAUUCAAGCCUUCCGGGCCGUGUAUCGUAUGAUCGACGUGGGUCCCAUGUACAUAUCGCGCGCCAUCGUCUCCGCGUUGGUUGCCGUCGCAGAGUCUACCGAUGACCCAAUCCGGGCUAUUGCGCUGGAAGCCCUUUGCUGCCUCGCUAUUACGAAUCCUCGGGUGGUGGCGUUGAACAACGGCAUACGCACCAUUUUCAAGGCCUCCGCGGAUCUGGAUCACGUCCAAAUGCAGGACAGCCUGCUCAACACCGUUCUCUACCUCCUCAACGAGCCUGCCUGUCGCCCCUACGUUCGGCUCAGCUGCGACUUGCAAUGCCUGCUGGCGCCGAUUACGGACACGGACCCUGAGGUCCUCCCGCCCAAGACCGGGGACGCCGCCAAGGACGCCGAGAAGGAAAAGGCGGCGAAGGAGCAGUGCCGGGCGGGCAGGGUGGUGUGCCUGGACGCCGUGGGCGCACUCCUCAAGAACUGGGCCGGCCUGAUUAGCUUCGCGGCCGAUCCGCUCGCUCUUCGCUCCCUUGUCGAAACUCUUCGCGAGCUGAUAUUGGCGAUGAUCUUCUCGGUGUUUGGCAUGCUGGUCCCGCAAGACAAGGACUCGUGGAUGUUCUCGUCGAGACAAGGCGCGCAGUCCACCAAGAGCUUCAAGGACCACACCGUCAACACCCUGCACAAUCCCUCCAGGGUCUACAGCGAGAGGCCGAACCUGGUCAACAUGUACCGGUCGGCCCUGCUGAUCGCCUUUGUCAACUGCGGGCUGGUGGAGGCGCUGGUGGACAUGGGCAAGGAGCAGGUCGAGGAGCAGCAGGACGUGUGCGUCGUCAGCCAGCCGGGCGGAGUCUCGGGCAACCUGGGACUCGGGUUCAAGGCCACCAUUCUCCUCGGCGACCUCCUGCAGAUGUCGCCCUCCCUCCUGCCUCGCGUGCAGGUCGCCCGCUUGCAGACGCUAGCCACACUCGUUUCGCACGCGGUCUCAUUCGUGGAGCACCCCAAGGUGAGGUCCUCGACGUCGACCAUCAUCUCGCACCUCCAUCAAUGCGCCCAGUCGAGGCAAGGAUCGGCCAAGGACUACAGUGGAGCGUCGGUGGUGACCAGUGGCGCCAGCCGGUACCGACGCCUGAAAGGGCGGGACCGCAAGCUGGACAGAAUCGACGACGUGCGAGCCAAGGUGGACUACUCGAUGGAGCCGAGCCAGUUCAUGCAGAAGCUGCAGCAAACGCAGGUUCUGGCGACGAAGGAGUACACCAAGUGGGACUGGGACCUGAUCGAGGAGACGCUCGAGGGUCCGCUGCGCAAUCCCGUGCACUUCACGACCGCCACCCAGCGCACCACGUUCAUCAAGCGCAUCCUCUCCUUCCUCAAGCCCAACGACAAGAGCAUCAUGAAGGAGUCACACACCGUGACGUUCUGCAAGUACGUGCGCAUUGCGUGCCUAUGCGUGGAGCUGCUCCUGCAGAGUGAGGCCGGCGAGGAGUUCCUCAAGCAGCACGGGCUGGUGCGAAAGGUGGCCGAACUCUUCAGAGACGAGCUCGACGGGAAAUCGUCGGCUCGCAUUCUCGCAGAGGACCGAGUGGUCGAGUUGAUGGCCCGCGAGUACUUUACCUUGGUGGGCACCUUGUCCUCGUCCAGCAGGGGCCUGGAGCUGAUGAAUCAGUACAAGAUCUUCGCGUCCCUGGGCGAGAUGCAGUCUUCCUCCAACCUGUCCUACCUGAGCCUCACCUCGCUGGACUAUUCCAUUGGCGGCCAGGCGCGGGUGCUGAUCUCCAAGUCGCUGACGUCGACCUCCUGGGUACCGCACCACGCUCAAGGCCCCGGUUCUAUCAUCCUAUACCAACAAUUCGCUCGCGUCAAGCUGGGCGAUGAACACGCCAAGGUGUUCCAAAUGGCGCUCACCUCCCUGGACGAAGCCUGCGAAACCCCCGAGUGCCUCGACACCUUCGUCAAGUGCCGGCCCUCCCUGUCUCUACUGCUCGGAAGCAAGAACCGCGUUGCGUCCGACCUUAUACUCAAGAUGCUUUCGACGGAGGCGGGGUUCGAGUACCUGCUGGAGGCGGGCUAUCUGGAGAGCGAGCUGGCGAAGUGGAAGGCGGAGGGGUACGUCGAGUACAUGCUCAAGCUGGAGGAGUCGCUCGAGGUGAUGGCGAGCAAGGGCAAGAUCUGGCGCCCGGAGGACAAGCCGGCGCUCGACGUCCCGCCCCACUUCUACGGCGACCUCGCCAAGACCGUGCUGGGCAGCGAACUCCUGGCCGUGUCCGGCCACAUGCGCCACUUUGCCGCCGUCCUCCGCAACAAAACUGGCUCCACGCCCGCGCUCAACCAGCGCGCAGCCCUCUGGGUCCUCGGCCAUGUCGGCGCGUCGGAGAGGGGCCUCCGCUUCCUCGAGAAAGAAGGUCUGUUGGCGGAGAUCGUGAGCCUUGCGGAGAACGCUGACAGUCUCUCAUUGCGCGGGACUUGCUACUACGUGCUGGGGUUGAUCAGCCAAAGCCCGCGGGGGCGUGUGCUGCUGGAUGGGCUCGGGUGGGAGUCGCCCUGCAACAAUGCCAACAUAUGCGUACCCAAAGACUCCGCCAGCUCGGGCCUUUUCAAGAUCAAGCCCAGCAAGUACGAGGGAUCGCGGGCACAGCUGCCGGCAGCGAGCAUCCAGGGCAGCGGCCAGCGGUACCCGGCCGGCGACCCCCGGGCCGAGUGUCUCCAGCAGAUCGGCGCCCUCUCGAACCCCAUCAUCGUCGACCGCGCCAGUCGCCAGGUGACCAGCUUGAGGAGCAAGCACCCGGAGGUCUUCUUCGAUCCGGGGUUCGUGCUGGAGGUGUUGCAGAUGCUGGCCAACUUCCGGUUCAGACUGUCGGCCCGACGGUUGGUGCAUUCCCUGAUCGAGAACGCGGCCUUCACGCCGCAGGUCUGUCGCGACCUGCCCUGGGACGACUCCCUCAGUGUGUGA